CAUUUCAUUGAUGUUUAAAGUGCGAGUAAAUUAGCGAGUCUGUUUUUGGAAAAGCUGCGCAAUUUUCCUAAUAGGGAAAGCUUUUUCUGUUUCGGCUUGCAUUUCUCAAUCAAACGCUUGAUUAAGUAAUCAUUGGAAAGCGUGGAGCUAACGCAUCUCCUUUUAAGGCACACUGAAAACAAAUUUUUCUUUAUAUCCAAAAUUUUUUAAGAAAUGUUUUCUUUUAUACGUAAUAUCACGCCACCACGAUUUCAGUUGGCAACUGUUAUAUACAGAAUACUUCAGGGCGCUGAUGUGAACCAUUUUUCGGUCGGGAAACCAAUUGCAUCAAUUAUUGGUGCAUCUGCGUUCAUAAAUCAAAGAAGCUUCUCGGAUAAACCAUACGACCAGGAAACCGCAAACAGUUUGAAGAAAAUGGAGAAUAAAGCCGAAAAAAUAAAUGUAAAUAAGGAAGAGUUGAAGAAGCGUCUAACACCACUACAGUAUCAAGUGACACAGGAGGCUGCUACAGAGCGACCAUUUACAGGUUGUUACAACAAACACUAUGAAAAGGGUUUAUACCGUUGUAUUGUUUGCCAGCAGGAUCUCUUCAGUUCCGAUACCAAAUAUGAUUCAGGUUGUGGUUGGCCCGCAUUCAAUGAUGUGCUUGAUAAGGGCAAAAUAACAUUACAUCGUGAUGCGAGUAUUCCAGUAGUAAUUUCGAAAAUGUUAGGCAUGGUGCGGACAGAGGUGCGCUGCUCCAAAUGUUCCGCGCACAUGGGACACGUUUUCGAUGAUGGCCCGCCACCCAAACAUCUGCGAUACUGCAUCAAUUCGGCGUCCAUUGAUUUUGUACCACUAAAGGCGAACAGCAACAUUGCCUCUGGUUCCUCCGCCACAACUGCUUCCUUCUCAAAAGGACACGUGAAAAAAUAAUUAAAGUGUACAAUUUGCUCGAAGUAAUAAAAAUUUAAAGUUUCUUGUUUCAUUAAUAAUAAUAUGUAGACUACAUACACAUUUGAUAUUAUACAUAAAAAUGACUUGUUAUUUACAAUAUACAUAUAUAUAUACAAUAUGUAAAAUGAAAAGAGCGACUGUAUUUUUGAUAACGGCAAAGAAAGUUAGUAAGGUGGAUUAACUUAUGUAAACAUUUGUGUGCAGUGUAAGAGGAAUAUAUUUGGUUUUGCCCUAAUUGAAUUAUUUAGUUUAUAUAUAUACAUAUACACAUUUCAAUAUACCUGUAUAUGUGUAUUUAAUUCUAUAUAGAAAAUUGAAUUAAUUUACAUGCUUAGGUCUAUUGAAGCAUAUAUUUAUAUUCAACCUCGCGUGCUUAUAUUGAUUGAACUCACCGAAUGGCCGGAUUUGCGCUUACCUGCAAUUGCCUUCAUUCCGUAAACAAAGAAGAAAUUGCAUAAAUCAGGCAUAGCACAAGUAAUUUUUUUUUUACUUUCAAUUUUGUUUAUCUUUUGCAAUACAUUUUAUGAAAAUGUAUCGUUCAUAUCUCAAGGACAUAUUCUCUUUUGGUAUAAUUUCUUUUGAAUAUGAUUAUUUAUUAUGCCUAUGUAUUUUUCAACUUCAUAUACAUUCAUACAUGAAAUCAUCAAAAAACCUAAUACAUUCAUCUUAGAUUUGCAUUACCGCUUGAUGGUGUUAUGAUUUGCUUGAAGUCUGAAUGUUCAUGUGGUCAGAGUGGUUAUUAUGAUUAUUUAUUUUGGUAAAUAGGUGGAAACUUAAGUAGGAAUUACGCAAUUAAAAACAAAUAAAAUUGCAUAACAUUGUUAUUAGCUAACUGCAUAAAGCUGGCUUAAAAUAAAUCAUCUGCAUAAAUGAGGACCUUUUGAAUUGCCAUUGCACACAUCUACCUAAAAUUGUGCUAAUGUGUGUGCGGUUUACGGGCCUUUGCUACUUAACGGAACGAUAGGAUUAUAUGUAUACAUAUAUGUAUAAAGGUUUUUCCAAUAAGAGGUGUUAUUUAGAUUAAAUUAGAGAUGAUUAACGAUUUUUUAUGACCGAAAUUGGAUGGUAUUGAUCUGGACAACCUUUAUUUUCAACAAGACGCUACGUGCCACACAAGCAACGAAACCACUUAUCUUUUACGGGAAAAGUUUCCGGACCGUGUUAUCUCCACCUCUACCACCUCACAAUUGGCCACCGAGAUCUUGUGAUUUAACACCUUAUGACUUUUUUCUUUGGGGCCACGUGAAAUAGAAGGUCUGUGCCAAUAGCCCAGGUUCGAUUCAAGACCUCAAAGAUGGAAUUCGUGAGGCUAUCGAGGACAUAGGGCAGCCACUUUGCAAUUCGGUUAUGGAAAAUUUCAUAAAGAGGAUAUUGUCCUGUAAGCGUGGUCGUGGUGGUCAUUCGCCUGAUGUUAUUUUCCACUAUUAACGGCAUACCUUCCUCUUUCUAAUGAAAUAAACAUCCGAUCAUUUAUAUUAAAAAAUAGCGUUUUUCUUUGAAUAUCAAAAUAACAAUUCUUAUUGGAAACCCCUUUAUGUAUAUCGCACGUUUAUUAAUAUAAAGAAGUAUUUCAAAAUUUUACAAUAGUUUUUUCGGAAAACCCCAAAAAGAGUUUAUCAUUUCGUAAAGUGUAAUUAACUGCUAAUUAUAACAAAACCGAAAUAGUCCAGUCAAUUUGAAGGGUAGGAAAACGAAAUAUUAGGUUGGGGAAAAUGAAAUCCAUUAUUUUCUCUGUAGAUUGCUGCAGCGAUCGAUAUCUCGUAAGGUAUCGAUCAAAUAAUUUAAAAUUUAUGCUCGUUGCCAAGGUGACAUUUCACACUAAAAAAAAUCCUUUCCUGUUUUUGUUUGUUCCAUUCAGUUGGGAGUCACAGGGUAUUAACAAUGAAAGUCAAUAAAGAGAAAAUUUGGUACGUUUUACAUUUUUCCUUUGAUAAAGGAAACACACCACAAUUCUCCUUAUAAAAAUAUAGUUCCCAAUAAUUCUGUGGGAGGUCGAGGCUUCCCAUAUAGAUUGUGUUUCCAGAGUUAGUUCCUCGCCUAGUACCGUCUUCAAAGCUGAGAGUGAGGCUUAUGAGGUAUAUGCGAAAAAUUACAUCAAACAGUCGAUUCAUCAAUGUCUAAUUGUUGAGCACAUCGGGAUAUCGAUGUUGAAAGUUGUUCAGCAACACUUAGCGCUACAGUAGCAUAGCAGCAAGUUUCUCAACAGUUGAUCUGUCAGCCCUCGCUCUACGCUCGACAGAACUAGUUUCUUAAAAUUCUUUCACCAACCUUUGAAUUAUCGAGUCAUUUGCAGGAUUAUUUCCAGUAAACAAAAAACGAACUUUGCGAUAUGUUGCCCAUUUUCAUAAUAAAAUUCAAUAAAACUCGUUGUUCUAUCGUGUAAAAUUGUAAAACAGUCUACUUGAGAAAUGUCAAAGAUGAUAUGCAAAAAAAUUCCGUCUAUGAAUUAUUCACUACUGACAACUAGACGUCACUUUUGAAAGGGCUCUUAUGCAGCCUCGUUAUAUUGCUUUUGUUGUAGUAUUAACUAUAUUUUUAUACAAAAAUUAAAAAAAAAUAGUAGUGCCCUUAUAAUUUUGCAACGGGAUGUAUGUUAUAUGAGAAGAAAUUGUAAGAGUAAAAAUUAAUAGGUGGGCAAUGACAAACCUUCGAGUGAAUUUCUGCCAUGAAAAAGCAUCUCAUGAAAAACCAUCUUGCAUUGUCAUGACAGAAUACAAUACCUUUUCGAUUUGUCAAUUCCGGCAGCUUUUCUUCAACUGCAUUAUUUAAUUUGAUUAGUUGUUCAAUGUAGACAUCAAAAUUGAUCGCUCGGUUGAGUUCAAAGUAGACAAUUCCUUUGUAAUCAGAAUAUCAGCUUUUUUGAUGUUAUUUGAGUUGGUUCACCUGGCCUGCUCCCAGUCGUUUUAAAAAUUGAUAAUUUUCAUUAAGUUUCUUUAGCAAAUCGCAGCUGUUAAUGCGUCGCGUUAAAUGCGUUUCUUUCAGUUCGUGAGAAACCCAUGAAUAGAGUUUUUGAACAUAGCCAAAUUGUUUUAAGUGUUUUUCAAUGCAUGUAUGUGAUACAUGAAGCUUCUCUGCAAUCUCACGUGUUGUACUGUGACGAUCCGAAUCGAUUAUUGCUUUGAUUUGGGCAUCGUCAAUUUCAACUGGGCGUCCAGAGCGUGAGUGAAAAAUCCAGAACGAAAUUUGGCAAACCAAUUUGACACUGCCGUUCUUUUAAGGCUUCGUCGCCAUAAACAGCACAUACAUUUUUAUGAGCUUGCGAUGUAAUUUUCCCUUUGCGGAAAUAAAAAAAGCAAAAUAUGACGAAAAUGAUCCUUUUGAUUUUUUGAUCAUUUGAUUUUUCAACGAACGCCCAGCGAAAACUACGCAACAGAUCAAAAUUUUUUUACUGAUUGACAGCUGUAUUGUCAACUAUCAAAUAACAAAAUGUGUUUUAUAUUUUAACUACGUCUGCAAUUCUAAAAAUUCAACUCAAGCCAUCUAUGAGUGAAAUCCGCAAUUACUUAGUUGCCAACCCAAUAUUUAUUAAAGAAAACAUCCCUCAAUUAAAAUUAAUGAAGUCCUACAUACGGCAACUUUUAGAAAAAAUGAGUGAGCUCCCGCGGGCUUGGUUUACUUCAAAACGCAACACUAAAAACAAAAAAAAAUUGUUUCUCUGCAUAUUAUUAUAAUUAACUCCAAGUAGACUUAUGUAGGUGAUUAUAAACUCCAAUGUGGAAAUAUAAGAAAUUGCGCCGAAGUUGUCUUUUGAGAUUAAUUUGCUUGCAAAUCAAAAGUUUGUCUGCUUCCUUAAUGCCUCAAUCGCAUACAUACGUACACAUAGUAGUUAGUAACUUAAUUUCUUUUGCAAUGCAACAUGCAUAUGUAUGUAUGUUUGUAAGAGUAUGUAUGUAUGUACAUAGUUAAGCUUUUUAAUGAACUCUACGUCCUUUCCAUUGAUUGCAAAGCAGCUGAAAUGCGCUUAAAUUUCUUAAAUUUUGACGCCGUCGUUGCGUAUGUAUGUCAAAAUAAUUACUAACUAAAGCAGCAUUUUUUUCAAUUUUCUUAAUUUUUUGUUCUAUUUUCAAAAUCGCAUGUUUCACGCUAAUUGCAGCUUAGCAAUAAGUAAUUAAAUAAUGCUGAUUUUAAUAAAGCAUUCAUACAUACAUAAAUAUAUAAAAGUUGAUAAAUAAAAUUACGACAUUUAAAAUAAUGAAUUUUUUUAUAUAUUUUUUCUAUUUCUCUCUUUUUUCGCUUUUUAUAUACAUGUGCCUGUACGGGGGUCUGAAUUGAAACACUCAUUACAACAUUUACAUACAUAUUGUUAAUAAAUAAUGAAACACAAAAAUGUUUGCUCACGCAUCGAAUGAAACAUAAAUGCAUACAAUGCUGCUGUAUUUGCAUACGUACACACUUACAACCGUUAACCAUCACGUCUUCUCAUUAAGCGCUGUUGUAUUUUUAUUGAUUUACAAAUUGCCUACAUGCAUAUAUUAAAUAUUAAUAAACAUCGCUUAUAUUUUUCUUAUGUAAACAUAAAUUUAACAAAAAAUCACAAACAUAAUUUAACUUUGUGCGAAUUCUAUAACAAAAUAAUAAACUUUUUCAUCAUUCACUCAUUGUCUUAUGCACCUACAUUUCGUCGAUUUUUUUUACUUCAAUUUUCCAUCGAUUUUUUGUUUCAACAUUUUAAUUUAACACUUCACUUUUUGCGUUAAUUUCUUACUCCAAAACUUCGCUCUCGACUCUACAUUUCGCUCUCACUGCUUCGUUGUUGAUUUAAUUUCAAUUUAUUUCGCUCAUUUUCUACCGGUUCUCUCUCUUUGUUUCAUAUUUCAUAUGCUGCUGUUUUUAUGUUUUGUUCUUACCCAUACCUUGUUCAUUGCCACUUGCAUAUAUAAUAUGUUUAUGUUUAUUUUUUGUUAUUCACUUUAUGUACGGUUAUAUUCUCUUUUUUUACUCUUUCGUCUACUUUUUUGUAAAUCAUUUUUUGUUGAUUUUGCACUUAUUUAUUUAUUUAUUUUUUUACUAUUAUUAUUUUUAAUUCUUCUGCUAUGCUUUCACAACCAAUUAAAAUUACUAUAACGAAAUAUCCCUGUAACCAAACAAAAAAAAAACCUCUAAAACCAAUUAUAAUCCAAUUGCCAAUUAAUUUAACUAAAACAUAUUUUUAAUUGAAAAACUGUUCAAAACACAUCUCCCUUACGGAAUGUGCCUAAAUAAUAUCUUGUGUAUCUUUUACCUGCCCAUCACCAAUUAUCUAAAAUGAAUUAUACAAAAUAAAAUCUCGUAUCUAUAUAUUUAUAAAUAUAUAUGCAUAUAUUCCACUUGUGCAAAACAAUCCAAUU